AUGAAUUUUAAGGAGGCUGUGAGGGAGUAUUGCAUCCAGGAAGGUUGGAGAGUUAGAUUCAAGAAAAAUGAUAAAAUACGAUGCAGGGCUUUAUGUAAGGUUGAGGACUGUCCAUGGGUUAUCUAUGCCUCUAAGGAUAGUGAGAGUGUUUGCUGGCAAGUUAAAACCUUCAAUGAUGAUCAUACCUGUCCAAGGGAGACAAAAAAUAGAUUAGCUAACAGAGGGUGGUUAGCUAGCAAGUUGGUGAAGAAGCUUAGGAAAUUUCUGAAUCUAAAGCACUCUGAAGCUUUAACAUACUUUAAAAGUAAAUGUGACUUGGAGUUGAACAAAUCUUCCCUGACAAGAGCACUCGGAGAUGCAAGGCACAUUGUGUAUGGUGAUGCUGCUGCACAAUAUGGGAUGGUGAAAGAUUAUGGUGAGACUCUCCUGAAGUGCAACCCUGGUUCUACUAUGCGCAUCAUAAUAAUUCCUCAUCCCAACCACCUAGAAGAGCCCACUUUUGACAAGAUGUAUAUUUGUCUCGAUGGAUGCAUGAAGGGGUUUAAGGUGGGAUGCAGACCUCUAAUAGGGCUUGAUGGAGCAUUCCUGAAAACCAGAUUUGGUAGACAAAUCUUGACAGUCAUUGGACAAGACACCAAUAAUCACAUUUACAUAAUUGCAUAUGCCAUUGUACCAGUGGAGAACACAGAUAAUUGGAGGUGGUUCCUUGAGCUGCUGCAUGAUGAUCUAGGGAGCUACACCCAAAAUGGAUGCUGUUUCAUUUUGGACAUGCAAAAGGGACUAAUCAUAGCUGUCCAAGAGGUCUUCCCUGAUGUCCACCACAGAUUUUGUGUAUGGCACUUGUGGAGAAACUUCAAUAAGCAGUGGCAAGACAACGAACUCAGAGGAUUACUGUGGGAGUGUGCAAGAUCUACCACUCAAGAGGGAUUCGUUGAGGGGAUGAUGAAAAUUCAGAGAGCUAAGAAGGAAGCCUGGGAGUACCUUGCCAAAUAG